CGGGGCGAGAAUCCGAACCUCCCCACCGGCUAUCUUGGCACGUCCGGUUGCGGCUCGGGCUGUACGCCUGGCUGCGCUACCGGCUGCACGUCUGGCUGCACGUCUGGCUCUUCUUCGGCCGGCAGGUUGUCGCACGUUGGCGUACCCUUCGGCAGCGUUCCAUUCUCCUGUCAGGCAACUGGCAUACCACCGAGCCAUCAUCAUCCGGAGCAUCAGCAGCACCAUCAUCCCCAUCAUCCGCGUUUGGGCCACGUAGCCGCGGCAGCAAGUGCUGCCGCUGCUGCAGCCGCCUCUAUGGGGAUGGAAUCUUCCGAUUUGGUUGCGGUGGCUCAUUACCAGGCCCAACAACUUCAGCGACAAUUGUUGGCCGAGCAGUCGGCUCCGGGCACUAUGCUGCCACCGUCUGCUCAGUCUACUGGUGGAGGCUUGACGCAGCCGCUACAGCAGGGACAGCAAACUCAACAAUCCCAGAGCCAGGACCCGCUGCAGAGCUUGGUGCAGCAGUUGCUCUGUCUGCAGCAGAUCGAGUAUUUCCUCGCACAGCGCGGUCACAAGUGAUAUACGCCUGCAUACAUAUAUACAUAUAUGCGCGUUUAAUAUAUAUAUGUAUGUAUGUGUCUAUACGUUAAGCGUUUAUCUGCGGUGUCUCUUCUACUCCUCCUCCUUCUCCAUCGUCGUCGUCGUUGUUCGACUCUCGCACGCGUUAGCUCGUCUCGAUAAUGGCGAGAGAACUCUUAUGCGCGUCCGACGAGAAAAAUCUGUAUGAUUGUUUGUAGCAUGUGUGUUGGUGAUGAUGAUUAUAACGAUGAUUAUAACGAUGAUUAUAACGAUGAUGAUGAUGAUGAUGAUGAUGAUGAUAAUGAUGAUGAUUAUGAUUAUGACGAU